AAAAAGAUUCAAGAAAACCAAACGUAUUCACUAUCAGAUCAUUUGCUAAACCACAUUAUUAGAUACAGCUAACUUCCUAGUGUGACAAAGCCUAAUGACGUCUAUGGCAACUCUUACUACAGUUCAGCCCACCACCGGUGUCAAGGACCUAGCUGGAAGCUCCUUUACUGGAACUAAACUUCAUGCUAAAUCAUCUCGCCUCAAUUUCAAGCCCUCUAAAUCCAGGGCUGGUGCUGUGGUCGCAAAAUAUGGUGACAAAAGUGUAUACUUUGACUUGGAGGAUUUGGGCAACACCACUGGUCAGUGGGACUUGUAUGGAUCAGAUGCACCUUCACCCUACAACCCCCUUCAGAGCAAGUUCUUUGAAACAUUUGCUGCUCCUUUCACAAAGAGAGGUCUGUUGCUCAAGUUCUUGAUAUUGGGAGGUGGCUCAACUCUUGCUUACUUCAGUUCAACUGCAUCAGGGGAUAUCCUACCAAUCAAGAAAGGCCCCCAACUUCCACCAAAGCUCGGGCCACGUGGCAAGAUUUAAUUGCUUCCCUAUCCAACUUUCUUGACCAUCAUUUUGUAAAUGAUGUAUUAUCUGUCACAGCUAGUAAGUAUAAAUUGAAGCUAAUUUGAAGCUUGCCUACUGACUUUGUAGCUUAUGAUAUUUUAUUGUAGUUCUUGUUGGUUCA